AUGCCGAACAUGGUGGCAUGUCGACUUGUGCAGAUUGAGCCUCAUUUUUCCCGGCACGAAACAACAGCUACGAACGUAGCAAAAAAGCCUUUGAUCGAUCUAUACAGUCAUCAUCGCCGCGCUUCCGCUUGGUUUGCCAGCAUGGCUGAGACGAGCGCUGCAGCUGAUCCAGCUGAGAAAAAGCAGAAGACAGAUCCACCUGCAGUCAGCAAAUGCUUGCUGCUGCAGUACGACUACGUGGAGGGCAUCUUGGAGAAGCGAGCUCCACAUCGAGCCGGACACUUGGCACAUUGGAAGAGACUGGCAGAUGCAAGUCAGGUGCUGCUUGGAGGAGCUUUCGACCCUCCUUCCGGCGCGGUGAUUGUGUUGCGAGGGAUCGAGCGGGACGAGGUGGAGGCUUUAGUCAAGGAGGACCCGUACGUCGCGAACGGAUUGGUGCCAUCCUACGUCAUCAAGGAGUGGAACGUCGUGCUAGGAUCUGCCAUCUAG